CUCAAUCGUUUGUUGAAUGACAUCUUUAAUUUUUUCCACAUAACUAUCAUCCCUUAACAAGCAAGUAUUUGCUUCAUGAUUUGAACAAGAAAUGAUAAUAAAUAGGAAGUAAAGAGUCCAAAAAAUAGGAUUUUGUCUUAAGUAGCCGAAAAACCCCUCCUUUACUCUAUGGUGAAUCGAAGUGGGGGCAUCGGACUUGUCGUGAAAUCUGUGAAAAUGUGUAUUUGUGUAAUAUACUACAUGUAUGUCAUAACUAGCACUUUAUUAUUUGGGGAUUGUGCUUUUCAAAAUAUUUUCCCUGUUCCAUAAAGUGUUUUGGAUAUCUUUUACAGGGCAUUUCAUUCCUCUGGAGAAUUUGUCAAAGAGGAAUGGGUUGAACCGCGCCAUGGUCCUUGGUUGCUUCAUUUGCAAGAAGGAGAGGACAUUAUCUUCAUCAGAAAAUGAAAACGAAGGACGUGGAAAGUCUGCAGAAAUAAACCGCAGAGCUACUCUGGCAACAACGGAGGUUGGUUUGGCACGGGAUAGCUUGUGCGACUUGCUGACCAUCCUCGGAACAGCCCCACUAGUCGAAGCCCCUAGCUACAACAGGCACAUAGCCACUUUAUCUUCCUUGUCCCAAGAGACCAGUAAGGAUCAGAAGAAGAAGGUGGCAGCAUGCCUACGUCAAAGGGCCAUGGACAAGGAUCUGACCAUCAGGGAAAAUGAUUAUGUGGACGUGGCAGUGCCCUACGAUGGAACAUGGCAUAGACGAGGUUACACAUCGAAUCAUGGGGUGGGGGUAGUGAUACCGAUCGAUACAGGGGAGAUCGUUUGACACAGAGGGUCUAUCAAAAUCAUGUAAACAGUUUGAGUAUAGAAAGGGUUGGGUCUUCAGUGUUCUCAGCCAGAGGGACCUUGAUCGCCUUCAGAGACUCCAAAACUGAGCAGCAAGGCUUGUCUUUUCUGCUCCUCUUCGAACUCACAUACAACCUCUUUGACUUGAACUUCAUUGUACAUGUUUAUACAAUGUUUUAGAACAUUUCUGUGCUGCAACUCAGUGCCUUAGUUUUUAUUGUACAUGUUUAUAUAUUUUUAACUUGCCUUUCAUUUUAGUCAUGUUUACAUACACACUAUAUAUGACAUUUUAGUUAUUUAGAGGAACU